UUGUUCAGUUAAUAGUGACAUAUAAUCGCGUAACUCGUAACAUGAUGUCGCGGUCUGUACGUGCAGAGACUCGUAGUCGUGCCAAGGAUGAUAUUAAGCGUGUAAUGCAAGUUGUUGACAAAGUUCGCCAUUGGGAAAAAAAAUGGGUUACAAUAGGAGAAACUACUAUGAAGAUUUAUAAAUGGGUACCUAUAUCGACACUUGAUCAGAAAAAGAAAGGAAAGACAGUUGCAGACAAGGAAAAUGGUUUGCCAAGAAAAAGUGGGUUAGAUUCGUCAAAUUCUAAUUUUGGUCUUACAGAGGACUCAAACACAUGUUUUUCAACAGUUAGUGAUUCUCAAGGAUUAACUGACUUUUCUGCACAUCUGGGAUUUUCAGAAGAUUCUAAUUCACAAAAUAGCGAACCAACACCUAAAAGGUUAAAGACUGAUUAAAAUUAGAUUAAAGUAUUUUGUGACUGUUACUUGGGAUAUAAGACAUUUAGGAAAUCAUUUCUUAUACAAAUCUACACAUUAUAAAAUUAUCUCAAAUUAUGACUGUAAGUUUACAAAUUGAAUGAAGUUUCAUUUUUUAUUUUACUCUAUAUUUAGUGAAAAUUUGUAUGCAUCAAAAAAAAAAAAGGAUUGUCAUAUCAAUUAAUCUAAGUUAAAUGUAAUUCAUUUUUUUAUAAUGUGAAUUUUUUACAAAAUAUACAGUAAAUUUAAACACUAAUAUUAAUGAUGUUUCAUUCAAACAUUUGCAUUACAUGUUCAAUUGUCUUAAGGUAUGAAUUAAAGAAAACUUAAGAAAUUAUAAAAUUAUUUGUA